AUGAUUACAUGGCUCUCCCGAUUUGAAAGUGCAACACUUUCCACUUGGUCCCAUGAUUCUCGCCGACUUACCAAGCUUGGCGCUUCCAAAAAUCCCGAUGCAUUUAGUUCUUCGCUGGGCUCAUUGGCAUACAAACCACCACCUUCCAAGCCGAUCAAAGAUCGAAAAUUCCUUGUGAGAGAUUGGACACCCUGGUUAGGGUGGAACAACGUGCGAUAUACUAUAGAGACCGGAUUAUUGAUUGCAAACCUACUAGGAAGAGAGCUGGUCCUCCCUGGUUUCACUUACGCAACUGGCUGCGAUUUUGAUGAUGAGGUUUGCGCAAAACUGACACCAAUGUUCGUUCAUGGGGUUCCUGUCGAUCUUUCAACCGUGUCUAACCGGUCACAGUACCCCGACCCGGAUGAGGGCACGAAUAUACUAAGCCCACUCCUACCCAGUCAAAACUGGAAAGGAUGGGUUUUACCACUGGAUGUUAUGCUCGAUUUACCGUACCUUCAAUUCAAUUGGAACAGCUCAAUCAGCCUCCCCGAAUUUUUGCAAUUGACUUCCCCGGGGACCAAGCAUGCAUCUCUUCUUGGGCAAUCUAGCGGCAAGUGGUCCGAACACAACAACAAUGGCCUAUCUUAUCGCAAGAUCGCGAAUGCAAAGUUUACAAACUUCUCUACAACAGUGCUUGAUCGACUACCUCUACCAGUUGAACCGCUCAUCCCAAAAGAUGAUACAAAUGUCACACUUUCUUCAUCAAUUCCUCUCAAAGUAAUUCAAAAAUGUCAAGCCACUUUACAAAAAGUAGAUCAAUUGCAACCCAGGUUUCGACAAAAACGCGACUCGUCAAAACCUGCUCAAGAUCUUACAAGCUUUCCUUCUUGGAAUGACGAUUUGAUCCAGGGUGAUCAGAUGACCGGUGAACUUUCCCAUCACGAUAAUGAUCUCCUGGAACGUUGUAUUGCUUCGCAUGGGUAUCGCACUGCCUAUGGGUAUACACUAGAUGGAUGGUGGAUGAAGGCUCCUUAUGGCCCUACCAAAUACUUUCGCAAGGUUGAAACCAUGAUAGGAUGGUGGGAUGAGUUACACGCCUACGACGAAUCCAUCUUGCACAUCGAAGGUGAACUCCACAACGGUUUCCCACCAGGUUCAAUGCUCUGGACCACCCUCGAGGGCCGUCAAAACUUUGAGAAGCUGGUUCGAACCGCCAUGAGACCCCCAGACUUGUAUGACCGAGUUGCUGCCAAGUUAGAAAAGAGGAUGCGUGAGCGGUGUCAAGGGAGGGCUUGGAGAGCUGGUCACAUGAGAAGAGGUGAUUUUAUUGCAUAUCAGUGGACUGCCAAGAACAUCACGAAGCAGUACGAUCGCAUAGAAUCAAAUAUCAAUGCAUCAGUGGCUCUAUUGAAAUCAGAAACAGGACUCUUAUCACCCGCUCACAAGGCUUAUGACACCAGUUUAGAAGCACCUAGAACUGAAGAUCCUUUUUAUCUCGCCACAAAUGUUCGAUCAAAAGAAGAGAUCGCCUUUUUGAGAACGAAAAACGUGGUCCUAUUGAAUGACUUGUUAGAUGAGACCGACAAAGCAGACCUCGGAUUUAGCGCUCCAUUCACAGACACAUUGGCGAUUGUAGAACAGUGCCUCAUCAUGCGUUCGGCUUUCUUCUAUGGCGAUGGUCAUUCAUCAGUUGCUGGAUGGAUUCUAAAUCGAAGAAACUUUUUUGGAAUUGACGAAAAAUUGACUAAAAUUGAAUAUCUCAAGCAACCUGGAGAUGGCCAAUGA